GGCUCGUGCGCGAGCGGAGCCGGUCGCGCGAGUGGCUGCAGCCGCCGCCCCCGGAGCCGCACGCGGCCAGCCCGGGCGGGGCGCCCUCCUCCGCUGGCAGCCCCAGCGCCAGCGCCGCGGGGGCGGUAGAGCUGCACGUCCUCUACGCGUGCCCGCUGGACCCCCGUCUGCCCCAGUUCAGGAUACGCGACGAGCUGGACCAGCUGGCCGAUGCCCUGCGGAGAGCGCAGUGCAGCAUCCGGGUCCGGGUGGGCGUGGCCACCACCAAGUCGCUGGCGCAGCUGCUGACGCUGGCGAGGGCCGGGGCCCGCCUGCUGCUCCACCUCUCCGCGCACGUGGUGCUCCUGCAGGGCGCAGGCCCGAGCCUGGUUCUCGAGAACGGGCACGGCGGGCCGCACUUCCUGCACAGGCCGCAGCUGGAGGAGCUGCUGAGCGGCGGCGGCCAGGGCCAGCUGGACGGCCUGGGCCUGGUGGUGCUCAACAGCUGCUGGUCCGAGGGGCUGGCGCAGCUGCUGGUGGAGUCCGGGGUCCGGCACGUGAUCGCGACACGGGACGAGGUCUCGGACCUCGCGGCGAGCACCUUCACUCAGCAGUUCUAUUACGCGUUGGGCUCCAAGCAGUCCGUCCUGGCCUCCUGGGAGAGCGCCAGGCAGGUUCUCAGGGUGGACCAGAACCCGCAGCUGACGAAGAGCGCGGACCAGUUCGUGCUCUUCGGGCAGCGCGGUGCCAACGCCACGACCCUCAGCAAGCUCGAGAGAGAGGCCACACUGGACGGCGAUGCGUCUGCGCAGGAUUUCUGCCCCGAGGAGGUGGCGCUGCACUCCAGGCACGGCGCGCUGGCCCGCCAGGCCUGCGCCCUACCCCCACGCGUGGAGGACUUCAUAG